GCUCAUAGACAAAAACGUUUGCGCGUUAUAUUUCUUUCGUUCGCUAUAAAAAGCAGCGAACACCUGAGCAAAUCAGCUGUUUUUGUUUAGAGUUGUAAAAUGUUGCUUCUGCAUCAAACAAGCCAAAUUAUAAGUUAAUAGUAUUUUGUACAAUUAUUCAUGGAAUGAUAUAAUAAGUGAGUUAUAUUGGUAGUUUACUCGAACACAACAUGCCAUUUUACAACAACAGCAUUAGACGUAUUUUGGACAAGUGGCCUGGUAAGCAGCGAUUUGGUAUCUACAGAUUUCUGCCUUUAUUUUUUGUUCUCGGAGCUGCUUUGGAGUUUUCCAUGAUUAACUGGACCGUUGGAGAAACGAAUUUUUACCACACAUUUAAAAAACGUCAAGCAAAGAAUUUUGUUGAAGAAAAAUUGCAUAUUUCGCAAGGAGAAGUACAAACACCAGCCAAAGAGGCAGCAUAAUCGCAAGCGAAUUGAAACAUUCUCUUAA